AUGAACCAAGACUUGACUUUCAAGGACGACCCUUUUAGAAUAAUCGACUACUCCAAAGACGAGAAGGCACAAUUCUUAAGGAAUCUACGUGAUAGGAUAACUUGCAACGAAAGGGAAAAGUCUCUCUUGUUUGAAACCGGAUUUACAAAGGAUAGAAACUUUAAUGGAAGUGUGGAGGAAAGCGCGAUAAGCCUGGAGGUAUUGGCCUUGUUAGCCACUUCCAAGAACCAAGAUAUCAGACAGGGAGUUAAAGCAUGCUCCUCCCAAGUCUUUGAAUUCAUAAAGCUACAGCCGUUACCACCUUCCUCCAUCCAUAUCUCCAUGUUUCGAUCCUUCAGGAUAAUCAUAUCUGAAGUAGACCAGGAUUCGUUUUGCGACAAAUACCUGCCUUUUUUCUUAUCUGUGAUUGAAAUGGAGCAUCAAUCUUUAUGUCUUAAUUCGAUUAAGAAUGAAAUAAUCGAACUCUUUUAUCAGAUGCUAAAGAUAGACAAAAAGAUCAAGUUCAAACUUAAAGGCAGAAGGUUCAUUAAGAUCUUAUGCAGCCCUAACCUUAAUGGUAUAAAACUCCUCAACGAACUAAUGAAUGAAGAUGUGGGAAAACAUAUUAAGAUGAAGCAUUUGCUUGAGAGAGUAAACAGCUCCAACAUAAAUAACAAGUUGGAGGUUCUUUCGUGCUGUGCCAAGUUGUAUAAGCUGAACCAUUCUGGAGACACAAGAGUUAUGGAGAGAAUCUUGUAUGAAUUGAACGAACUUGUGGAGUAUAAGAAGGAAUCUCUUGUGCUUGUAGGCUCCAUGGUUCAAGACAACAUCCAGGGACAGCUCUUCUGUAGGGACAUAGGGCUGGUCUCCAAAAUUGCAGACCAGUUCCACGAGGGCCAUCCAAACUUGUUAACUCCUGAACUUCUCUUUUGUUUACAUUCCCUGACGGCAGGACUUGAGGAGAACCGAAAGAUCAUUGCCAAAAGCAAAAUAAUUCCUAGUGUUUUUGGAGCCUUCAAGCAGAGGGUAAAUAGAAAGCAAAUAGACCUUGUUUUUGUCAUGAUUGUCUUACUUCUGAAAAGCAUGACAAAAAGCAUUACAUUUCUUCGAUCGGAUCUUUUGGACUAUCCGGUUAUAGAUCUACUGAUAGCUGUUUUGGAUCACAAGUUUCCGGACACUGUCGAUGGAAUCGAUAGAAUGAUAGCAGAGGAAGAUCUAAAUUCAGGAUUUGUUGAGGAAAACAUUUUGAAUGUGCUGGUUAACCUGGUCAUGGAAUACGGGGACUAUAAAAAUAAGUUUAUAGCAUCGAAUGGGGUCGAAAAGGUUCUCAACUACACAUCCAAGUUUCCGCUUGUAGUCCUACAAAUCUUUAAAAACUUUCUGUAUGAUACUGGGUUCAAUUCAAAGGAAGUCUUUAUUAAGGCAACAGACAGAAGAUUUUUCAGUAAAUUUCUUGAUAUGUACGAAGAGAGCAGAAACACAGAGAUACUUGAGGGAUGUUUCAAUCUGAUGAGAAAUCUCUUGUGUGAUGACACUCUUGACUAUAUUGUCCAAAGCUACGAGGGAAUGAUUGAUUCGAUAUUUCUUUAUCUAGAUAGAUUUGCCAACGAAACAACCGUAUCAGAGAACAGCAGAGAAGAGAAUGUUCUAUUGCAGAUACUCUACACUGUAGUCAACCUAAGUGCCAACUCAGAUAAAUUCAAGAGCUUAGUGUUGAACAAAAAGCAUUUGGAUAAUAUGAAAAAGGUGAGCACAACUAGAAACCUUUCAAUUGCGUUUAUAUGGAUUAUAAUAAACCUGUCAUGGAAAGAAGAUGGAUCAGAAAACAGGGUUCAGAUCCUCUGCGACAAUGGCAUAAAAGAGUGGCUGAUCAAAAUACAGGCCAAGGAUUCGGUGCUAGCCGACAAGAUAGGAACUGCAUUGGAAAAUUUGAGAUUAACAUGA